CCCCCAAAUGCCAAAACCCUAGUUCUAGCUCUCCACAGCUCCACUGUCAGCAAGGGCCGCCGCGGAUAUCUGUGCCUGAGGAAAGAAAUCAAAAUGUUUACAGCCAGGAGGAAAAUCCAAAAGGACAAAGAUGCAGAGCCUACAGAGUUUGAGGACUCUGUUGCUCAGUCAUUUUUUGACUUGGAGAAUACCAACCAAGAACUCAAAAGUGACUUGAAAGAUCUUUUCAUAAACUCAGCAGUUCAAAUUGAUGUUUCUGGAAACAGGAAGGCUGUUGUCAUUCAUGUUCCUUACAGACUAAGGAAAGCUUUCAGAAAAGUUCAUGUCAGGCUAGUUAGGGAGUUGGAGAAGAAAUUUAGUGGGAAGGAUGUGAUAUUGAUUUCUACUAGAAGGAUACUUAGACCCCCAAAGAAAGGCUCUGCCAUUGUCCGCCCACGGAGCCGUACACUCACUUCUGUUCAUGAUGCAAUGUUGGAGGAUGUUGUGUACCCUGCAGAAAUAGUUGGGAAGCGUAUUAGGUACCGGCUUGAUGGAUCCAAAAUUAUGAAGGUUUAUCUUGAUCCUAAAGAAAGGAACAACACGGAGUACAAGUUGGAGACCUUUGCUGGAGUUUAUAGGAAGCUAUCUGGCAAAGAUGUGGUGUUUGAAUACCCAAUAACUGAAUCAGCAUAAGGAAAUCUGGAGAGAGAUUUUAGUUAGUUUCCCUUCUUGAUUUCACAUCCAUGUUUGCAAUUUCUCUUUUUAAGUUUUGUCAUUAGUUUUUGAGAAGUUUUUCUGCUCAAGGAAAUUCAAGAAGUUUUCUAUUGUUUAUCCUUAGACGUGUAAUUCUUUUUUCCAAGUAGAAUAUCAUUUGAAUCUGAAAAUAUGCCUAUUAGAACUUGGUAUUGAUUGUUAUAUUUGUCCAGUUAAGUUUCUGAGUUUGGGACAAGGAAUAUUUAAUCA